UGCAAACUUCCGUCACACACCGAAGAAAAAAAUGGCCUAAUACAGUUACGGAUACAACGGAAAGAUAUUUAUAGCACAGAAAAGGACAUUGGUGCCAGCCACUGCAAAACUUGGGAAGAAAGUGCUGUUGUCACUGAAUACGUCAACACUAAGUGACGAAAGACUCACGACAGGAUAGACAGUCCAGUACUGCAGACUCCUUUGCUACAUUCGUUCCAAGCCGGAGGCAGAGGUGGAGUGUGUGUAGCCUUGAGCAAGUAAAAUCAUCAUAAUCCACCAAGAUGCUUGAUGGGGUAUGGAGCCUCGACAACCCUGCUUUUGUUUCCUUCGUCUUCUACUCAACCGUAUUAUGCCUCAAGAUGCUCUUCAUGGGACCUCUUACAGGCCAUUACCGAAAGAGUCGCGGGAUUUUUCUUAACCCCGAGGACGCAAGGGCUUUUGGUCCCCCCAACAGCACUUGUAGGAUUGAUCCCGAGGUGGAGCGAGUCAGGAGAGCUCACCAGAAUGACGUUGAGAAUAUCCCGGUGUUCAUCGUUCUGGCGUCCCUGUUCCUCCUCACAAGCCCCUCUGCCUUCACCGCCAACAUGUUGUUCCGUAGUUUCACCUUCUGUAGAGUUCUGUACACCAUCUUCUACCUGAGGGGCAGCGCUCUCCGGCCGGUCUUUUACGUCAUUCCUCUCCUCAUUUGCUUCUACAUGUCUGGAUGCAUCCUCGCCAAGUUCUGGUGAUGUUGUGUUGGUGUUGUUCAUGUGCUUUUCACUAAUAUAUAACACAUUUUUUUGUUUGUUGCGUGUUUUGGAAGCACGUUAUUGUUUGAAAAAUGUAAGAAUAUAUAUAUAUAUAUAUAUAUAUAUAUAUAUAUAUAUAUAUAUAUAUAUAUAUAUAUAUAUAUAUAUAUAUAUAUAUAUAUAUAUAUAUAUAUAUAUAUAUAUAUAUAUAUAUAUAUUAUAUAGUUCAAACUACUUUGUAAUUUUAUUGACCAUAAAUACGCAAAGAUUGAAUAAAACAUAAUGAAUAUUCUAUAACAGGUAGUACACAUAUCAAGUAUCUGUAUUGUUUAUUAUACUGAGAUUAUUAAAAAAAAAAUAUAUAUAUCUAAUCAAUUUGUAUAAUGUGUUUCACUUGUUUUAUGGUUUGAUUUUAAUGUCUUUUGCGGUUUUAUUUUCUGUCCUUUAUGUGUGGUAUUUCUUAUAUUUAAUAUGGUCUUAUGUAUUCCAUGUGUUCUUAAAUGUUAUACGAGUCACGUGUUUUAUGGUUUGAUUCUUAUUUUUAUGGAUGUUAUUCGUUAUAUUGUUUUUUUUUUUUCAUGUGCUUUAUAUGUUUUAUGUCAUGUUUCACGUGUUCCAUAGUUUGAUUCUUUAGUCACAUACCUCACAGGAAAACACUACUUACACUACAGACGUGAAAUCCGAGAUCGCUAGGCGUUACAGGUACAUGAUGUGUGAGUGCAUUGCUUCCAGUUCUUGUUAUACACACCCUGAAUGGCAGAAGUGCUUGCAUUCCUCAUGUUUGAGAGUACGUGGCAUGUCCAGCCUUCCACAUCUACAUUCCACUGGCCUCUCCUAGAGUAAUUCUAUAUACCACCGGAUCUUUUAUCCCCCACCAUCCUUAUGAUCUUUUCAAGAGUAGUUAUUCGCAAUGAUAAAUUCUUUCAUGUACGAACAUCAUAUUGCUAUGCAAUAUAUCAUAUCUUUAGCUGAUGCAUUUUCAUAACGAAAAAAGACAACAUUCAUGAAUGCAAUCAUAAUAAAAGCAAUAGGAUUUUUUUUUUUUUUUUUUUUUUUGUGGAGAUUUGAGAAAAAAUGUAAUCUAUCGUGAUGCAGGUAAGCAAAAUAGGCUCGGCCCUGGUGACCCUGCGCCGACUCAAGUGAGCGAGUCAUCGUGACCAGAAUGUUUUCUCUCCCGACUACAACACCUCACAGAUUAUGUAAUAUUGUUUUAUAUAUUGCUCGUAACAAAGCCUAUUACUGAUGUUUA